UUUCAUCUGACGUCACAAAAUGUCUGCCAUACCCCCGCUUUCGUUAGUAUAAAGCCUUUAAAUACAAGAUACUCGCGUAGUUUUACACAAAUGGAUGGCAGGAAUAACUUAUUUAAUAACAAAUUAGUUUGAUAUUACGAUUUUGUACACGCCAUGUUUGGUAAAUCACUAAAAAACUUCCUCACCAUGGAUUUCACUAUGUGUUUCCAGAAGAAAUUUAUGUGUUUUUUGAUGGUGGUCUGUUCGGUACAGAGCCUGCAGUUAGAUAGCCAAGCAUCGACACGACGACCCAGGAUUACGAAAUACAGCAAGACUACUAUAACCCCUGGAUCAACGGAAGCACCAACCGAACGAAGCCUUCUGACAGCAACCUACCGUCUUCAAGGAAGUGGAGGAGAGACAUGCAUCUUGCUGGUUGUGGACGCUUUACUGGACAUCUCCUACAUGACCAAACUUAAUGAGCGCGCUGACGCGAACACUUUUGUGCCUAAUAACGCUGUUGCUAGUGGUUCCUGCAAGGAUAGUGAUUUGGAAACAUUGGUUCUUUCGUUCAAGGAGUUUGCAUUAGAAUGGACUUUUGCCAAGACCCCAGGUGGAGAACGUUGGUAUGUGGACAGCAUCAGACUAACCUACAACUCCAGCGCACGAAUCCUCGAACACGCAGCCAAGCAAGGUCGGAGGGUCACACUGUCUACUGGGCCUCGAGCACUACUUUUCCCCACACCUGUUGGCAAAUCCUUUGACUGUCCUGAUGAAUCUAUUGUGGAAUUGUUGGAAGAAGAUGCUGGAAACCCCAACACAGCGCAUCGUGCUAAGCUCUACCUUCGUCAAAUGCGUCUCCAGCCAUUUAUGUUCCGUCGUGAUGGUCUGUUUGGUCCACCCUGGAAGUGUUCUGAUGCCAACCGAACCAGAUCGGAAACGGCACCAGUUGCGGUCGGCUCAGCACUGGCUAUAGCGACCGCUGGCACUCUCAUAGGCUAUGCAAUCUGGCGGUAUUUGAAGGUUAAAAAAGUACAAUACGACACUAUGGAAUGAAGGGGUUGAAUGCGUUCUGAAUUUAAAUCUUACUGUCUUUGGUUUAUGGUUUUAAAUUCAUUUGGUUUUUAUUCUUUAUAUUUGUCUGUGUCGCAUGUGCUGUCGAUAGGCUUUGUAAAAUUCGUCUGUGUGGCCAGUUCGAAUAUUUAUGGCCAGAGUCUAAGAGGUUGUAUUUUAAUUGAAUAUCAAAUAUCUUAAACAUUUGAUAUUUAAUUAAUCAUUUCAUAAGGGUUUGUCAUACAUUAAUGAUGGAGUUGGAAUGCGUUUAUCUAGAGCCUUAAAACACGGCUGGAAGUAAAAAUUCUUUCCAGCCGUGUGUUAUUUUGAAAGAAAUUUUUUUUCUCUUAAUAUUAUAAAAAUUCCAUGAAAGUAUUCUGGGACAUUCCUUGUUCAGAACGCAUUUAAAUUAUAAACGUCCCAACAUAGCCAAUGGUAGAGUCCCCCGCAGUGUUUUAACGAUAUAUGGCACACAACAUCAUAUCUAUGCACAAUGUACAGUUUUCCAAAUAUUUACUUACGGCACUGACUGUACAAAUCUAUACUAGUCCUAUAAACAACGCGUCGUAUCGAUACUCCCAUGUUAUUGUUGAAAGUUGAUAAUGUUAUUCGUGAUGACCAUAGAAUCACGAAAGUUUGAUGAAUUCUGCAGUUAUGGACAAUUCGAGUUAAAAUAAACUAAAAUCGUAGCUAAUGCUGCGUUUCAGUUUAGUUUAGUUUAAAGUCCAGCUGAAUCAUAGUGGUUUAAAAUUUCAUCAAGAGAUAUAUAGUUGUUUAAAGUUGUUGAUGGUUGAUAAUAAUGUAUAAAUGUAUUUAAUCGUCAUAUAAUCCUAGUUGUCACCCAAAACUCGGUGUACUAAGAUUCAAAUUGUCAAAGCACUUUGACAGAUGUCAGGUAAGUGCGCGAUGAGAAUGGGCCUUUGUCUCUUGUCUUUGAAUCUUACAUAAAGUGACUUGUAUCACUUUAUCAUAUAAUAUACAAAAUCUAUAUUUGAAUAUUCAAUAGUUUUAACGGAAAUGUGAAUCAGAGAAAGUACAUUGAGUAUUGGGUAUUAUUUUUACUAACAUAUGUACUCCAAAGAAACUCUUAGACUAGGAUUUCUCGUUUAUUUUUAAGAGGUAUAAAAAAGAAAAAUCCCUAUAGGGUUAGGCGAAUCGAUAAAAUUAUUCGUUUAAUAAGUGUGUUGUGUAUGUUAGUCAUUAGUUGUGCGCCUAACAAUUUUAGGGAUAUAAUCUGCGAGUGAGUAAUUAUCCUUGUGUACAAAGCGCUAAGGAGAGAUAAUGUCAUAUUGCACAAAGCAUUCGUAGUCGUGGAAAUUAUAAAAAUACCCACUAAGUACAUGCUUUCUAGAUCUAUAUAAUGGGCUUAGUCUUUAUAAGAAGACAUCGAUUGAUGAAUGCUAUCAUAGCACCAAUUAAGAAGUAUGUAAUUUUAAUUAAUUGAUCGAAAUGUGUGUGAAAUGCUUGAAACGCGAUUAAAAUAUAUUAAUCGAAAUUAUGAAUAAGAGAGAGGUACUGAAGAAAUGUUUGCGAAUAUUACGAGAAAGUAAAUUCAAAAAGUAAUGCAGUAGGUAGAUUACAAAACAUAGAUUCAUGAAAAGUAGUUUCUGUGUGAUUACUAUUGUGUAUAUUUUAGACUAUGAACAUAUCACAUGAUAAUAAAUAUACUUUAUAAUUUAAUCAUUUUAAGUAGAUAUUAUUGAAGGUAAGUAUAUAUAAUUUUUGUUAUCAAUUGUUUGCGGUGUAGUAAACACUGAUAGUACGUGUACAAGCAAUAAUACUUUUUUAUUCGACGCCGUCGUUGCGACAAAAUGGCUGACUCGAUGUUGUAUUGUGCGCAAAACUUGGCUCCACUAGUGUAUAAUUAAUUAUAGUUUAAAUAUUUAAUAGCUGGUGAUAUUUUGCUAGAGUUAAUUAAUUGUAUUAUGCCUAGGUUAAGGGUGUUCUUGUAUAAUCUUUAACUCGUCUAAUUCAAAUUUCUGCCGUGUUGCUUACAUUUGUUAUGAAAACUUUUGCUAUCCAAACUAUGUUACUUAGUAUAUAUUUUGAAAUCGUUUUGAAAUUUUAAAUUAAGCCUAAUCUAAUUUUAACUACCUCUUACUUCCAAAUUUUUGAAUCACUCUUCUGUGUACAGAAUUGACGUUCCAUGUAAGUAAGACCUAAAAAACUUAAUCAGCCUAAAUCACUAUCGCUAUGUAAACACAAUUUUGAAAGAAUGUGCAGGUCGGAUAGAAUAUAUGUUUUCGGAGAAAGGUUUUACAUGUAACAUCAAAUAUAUUUUUAUGAAUAUACGAUUUAAGGCAAGGGCGAAGUUGUAAUGUUUGCCCGAAAUGUGUAAGUAAAUAAUUUAUAACAGAUUUAAGUAUAUAAACACUAGUACCAAGUUUUGCUAGUUAAGGUUUGUUGUGUGUAACGCUUAAUUGUGAAGGCUAUUUCUUUAAUAUAUUAUACUCAUCAAUUACUCUAACAUAUCGUUUAAUCAGAUUAGUAUUAAGUUGUAUAUCGAUCGCUGUUCGAUCAUGUUUACUUUGUUAGUGAUCUGUUGUAUACAAACUAACUAAAAACGUUUCGUAUCGUUUCGUUUUUAGUUAGUUUGUACAACGUUUAGUAUAGUUCUUAGUCUGUGCUUAGUGCUGUAUAAAGCUUUCGUUUUUGAAUCUCUUGCUUUUGUAUUUUCGAAUUUUAUACAAGUGCUAAUCGUUUCGAAUUACAUGUAGCACUAUAUUUUAAUCUUGCACUAAUUAGUUUGGAUUCUUGCGGUGUGUUACUAUAUGUGCUGAUAUGGUUCAAUAGUCUUAUAUGAGUUCAGAUGAGUGCCUAAUUCUCACCAACAAACGAACAUAGGCCAUACGCUUUUAAUAAAUUAAAUUUAUAAUUAAUUAAUUUUUUUCUUAAACAUAUGAUAUUUAUUUCCUACACACAAUACAGUGACGCUGGCAGCAUUUCCUCGCUGUAUUACAAUACUUAUUUGUUGAGCGAGGAAAACACCAGUUGACCUCUCAGACAGAGAAAAACACUCUGCUCAGCUAUUACUGAAUAAAGUUAAAUAAGAACUAUUAGUGUGUAACAAACAUUUAUAUUAUCAGUCUUGUAGCCUAGUAUCAGCGAUAUAGUACCAGCACUUCCGCAAUUAAUGAGCGAAAGCUAAACGUUUCUGAAGUGUUUUCAAAUAAUUGAGAUGUCUAUUUUCCUAAUAUUUUGUAUUGGAUCCCUGUAGCUGUUCCCAAGUUAGUUUCUUAGCGUUAUAUAUCGGUGCAUUUAUAAUGAUAAAUAUUGUACUAAAAUAUUAUAUGCCAUACGAUUUGUCUUCCAAUAACAUUGAUCUUAUUACAAUAGUGUAUUGUAGCUUUUAUUGAUGUCGCGUGUUAUAAUUGAAUGAGGCUUUGGUUGUUGUAUUUUAAAACGGUUGUCAAUUUCGAAGAAACACCAAAUUUGUGAAGUAUUUCAUUAAUUAUAACACGUGCGUAUAGUGCAAAAGUGGUGGUGUUAUAAUUUGGACUAAUUGUAACUCUUACUUUCCAACGUAGAUACUUUGGUAUGUUUGGUAUUGUUUGAACUACUGUUUUUAUUGUAUUUGAUGUUCUAAUAUAACACACACCACUGAUUAAUUGUAAGUGACAUAUCUCAAAAAUUAUUGUAAUUUAGUGCGUUCAUUUAUGAGAUUAUCUUUAUGAAUAAAUGACGUCGAAAUCAA